AUGGCCGACCGAUCGCCCACUUCAAAGACCAAGACGGUUCGGUCACAGAAGAUUUCAAUGCCCUCGUCAGAUGCCGAGCACGACGAGUCACGAGACCGUGCUUUGCCUAUACGAAGUCAUACACCCGGCCAUCUCUCUUCCAAAAGCCAAAGCCAUAGCAGACGAAAGACUUCCGAGUCCUCCAUACGGCAGCGCUCCCAGUCUGUCUCGACCAAGCAAGUUCACAGCACAACAGUCCCCACACAACCUCUACCUGGAUCGAAAUCGUUUCCAGUAGGCAAUGAACCGGACAACACAAAAGACUCGGCCAGUGUUUCGACCGAUGGGACAGCUGACGGAAAGCGCCCGACGAAUAUACGCUCAACUUCGGCCAUAGUGAGUAAACCGCCGUCAUCAUCGGCGACCCCCUCCCAAGGGACCCGAAAACAGAACGCUGCGCCGCGGCCGCGCGGGGCCUACGUUGCUUUCCCUGCCCUGCAAGACCCCAAGAAUGCCCCCGAUGUGCUCCCGGCACCUUCUUCUGGCAUGUACUGGUCGCGUGCACCAGAAUCAGGAGCCGCUCAUACGCCUCUGCGGGCACAUACCAUGACGCUCAUUGGCUCCAACAUCUUUGUGUUUGGCGGGUGCGACAGCCGUGCCUGCUUCAACGAGCUGUAUGUCCUGGACGCCGACUCAUUCCAUUGGAGCAGCCCGCAUGUCGUGGGAGAUGUACCAGCUCCUCUACGUGCCAUGACGUGCACGGCGGUCGGGAAGAAGCUGGUAGUAUUCGGCGGCGGAGACGGCCCGGCAUAUUAUAAUGACGUUUAUGUGCUUGAUACGGUGAACUUUCGGUGGCAGCGCCCACGGCUUGUCGGAGACAAAACGCCAAGUCCACGUAGGGCUCACACGGCUUGCUUCUACAAGAAUGGAAUCUAUGUGUUUGGAGGUGGAGAUGGGGUGAGGGCGCUCAACGAUAUCUGGAGACUGGAUGUGGCAGACACCAACAAGAUGAGCUGGAAGCUGAUUUCUGGACCGUCCUCGGGCAGCCCUAGUACUGACAACAAGCCCAAGGCGCGUGGCUACCAUACAGCAAACAUGGUGGGCAGCAAACUGAUUAUAUAUGGUGGAUCGGACGGCGGCGAAUGCUUCAAUGAUGUGUGGGUGUAUGACGUUGAUACACAUAUAUGGAAGUCGGUGACGAUUCCCAUCACAUUUCGCCGUCUUUCCCAUACAGCCACUAUCGUCGGGUCCUACUUGUUUGUCAUCGGCGGCCACGACGGAAACGAAUACUCGAAUGAUGUGCUGCUCCUGAACCUUGUCACCAUGACCUGGGACAAGCGGAAAGUAUAUGGUUUGCCGCCUAGUGGAAGAGGUUACCACAGCGCCGUGCUGUACGAUAGUAGACUGGUCGUUAUCGGCGGCUUCGACGGCGGAGAAGUAUUUAGCGACAUUUGGCUUUUGGAGUUGGCGGUUCAUGCAUAUUACUCGCAGAUCAGCCAUUUCACCAUUGAGGUAUAA